GAUUUGUCUGCCUGUGUCUCUUUAAAUAAACAACUGUUAUCCAGCACUUGCAUCCGCCUUAUCUCUGCUCCGUCACGAUUUCUGACACUCUACUGGUUCCAUUAACUCAGGACUGAUCAGAAGUUUGAGAAAGCAUUUCCGUCAUGGAUUCCAAAUGCAUGAAAAUAGCUGCCCUGGGAAGACCUCUGUAUCCCGGAAUGCUGUACGAUUGCCGCAGGGACACCUUUAUUCCAGGUGUUACUUUAUGGGAUAAGAAAGCAUUGUGCGAUGACCUUGAUGUACAUCAGCAGCUUAAAACACAUCUGAAGUUUGCUGCCUCAGACACCCUCAGUGAUAAGGCCAAACUCCUAGAUAUAAGUGCUUCCCUUAAAGCCAGUUUCCUCAGUGGUUUGGUGGAAGUUGGAGGAUCGGCCAAGUACCUGCAUGAUAGCAAAUCCUCAGCACGUCAGUGCAGAGUUACUAUGCACUACAGCCAGACCACAAAAUUUGAACAACUCACUAUGAAGGAGCUUGGCAAUAUCACCUAUCCACAAGUUUUUGACCAGAAAACAGCCACCCAUGUAGUUACAGCUGUACUGUAUGGAGCUCAGGCUUUCAUGGUGUUUGAUCAUAUAACUGAUGAAAAUGAGAACAAACAGGCUGUUGAAGGAAACCUUCAUGCAGUGUUCAAGAAGAUCCCUACCAUUUCCAUUGAGGGGGAAGCAUCCCUAAAGAUGAAUGAAGAGGAAAAACAACUGUCUGAGAAUAUCAGUGUCACAUUUUAUGGUGACUUUGAGCUUGAAGAAAACCCCAUCACAUACAAGGAAGCCCUGGAAGUGUACAAGAAGUUGCCCAUGCUGAUGAAGCAAGGACAAAAUAAAGGUGUGCCACUGAAUGUGUGGCUGUAUCCUCUCAAACUUUUGGAUGAUAAGGCUGCAAAGUUGGUGAGAGAAAUCAACAUGAUGCUGGUGGACAAAACAGAACAUUUGCUGGAGGAGCUCGGUGAAGAGGAGAGGAGAUGCAAUGAUUUGAUCAAAAACCAAAUGGCAAAUGAUUUCCCUGAUCUAAAAGACAGAUUGUUAAGGUUUCAGACAUUACAAAAUAACUAUACGAGAUCAUUCCAGGAAGCACUCUCCAGACUUUUGCCAGCUAUUCGAGGUGGGACACAAGAGGACAAGGCAUUGGGGGACAUCCUGGACAUCCAUUACACAUCACCCUUCACUGCUAGCAACAUGAACAAAUGGUUAGAUGAUGUUACAACUGAAGUAAAUAUUCUGAGUUCCUAUACCAGUCGGCUGAAGGACCUCACAGUUGUGAAAUCAUCUUGCUCACUCAGUUCCACCCUCUUGGAUCAUGAUGUUGAUGUGGCGAUAUGUUUGUCUUUUACAUCUCUCAAGUUUGAAGACUCCUACCUUGUGGCUAUACAAGACUUUGAGAACCUUGAAAGAUUUACAACGUUGGAUCAAUCAAGUAAGAGUGAUUUCUCUCUCCAAGCCACACAGCCUUGGUUCACUUCUCCUGACGUUUCUGCGAGCAUGAGGCAGAAUAUUUCUCUCUUUACAAGUUUUUCAAAGGCCAAUAAAAAUGAGAAGAGAAUCAAGUUCAUGAUUGCCUCCAUAUGUGACCCCAGCAAUCCAGGAACCUCCAUCCGACUUUACCAGAAAGGCGCUCUGACAGAUCCUAGGUUCCAGCCCGUAUCCAAACCGGCUCCACCUGAGGUGCAGGUCAGUGAUGAGAAAGUCCUCCUAAAGCUUUCAAAAUCCCCAACUGGAGAGACGGUACGGUUCCGAGUUGAAUACAGGAGGAUACAGCCAACUGAUUCAGAAGAUGACAUUGAUGAAUGGACAGUCACAGACACUUCAGAUGCACAGACCAGCUUCACACUGACUGGACUAAAGCCAGCAGACCAAUACUUGGUCCGAUACAGAGCAGUUAGUGAUGUGGGAAUGAGUGAAGCAACCGACUCUGUCCCCUUCUCCAUUGAUCCGAAACUCAGUAUUAAAGUGGGCCAGUCAUGGAACCUCUUCACAUCUUCCCUCCUUAAUGAACUAAGGAUUAAAAUAAUGACCAGUCUGGGCAUGUCACGAUGGUCUCUCUCUACUAUCAAGUCAGAGGUUACAAAUGUUGUUAACAGUCCUAGCACUCCUUACACUGCUGCAAUUCCUGGAGGGUUGAGAGAAGGAAAGGCUUUGUACUUUCAAGGGGUUGUUAGUGCAACUGGUCAAUCGAUUACAUUGGAUUUUGUAAGCCCGCUGGUGGUGGGUGGUGACAUCGCUUUUCACUUCAGGCCUUGUAUCGAUGACUGGAUUUGCUGUGACAGUCGCAGGAAUGGGAUGUGGGAGGAACAAGAAAAGACAUCUUGGUGUCAAAUUUCCAAAGGAUCAUCCUUUGACAUCUUUAUUGUGACCAAAACAGAAGGCUAUGAGGUAUAUAUAAAUGGGCAGAGGUCUUGCCAGUUCAAGCACCGCAUGCCAGUGGAGAGUGUGACUGCACUUAACUUUCAUGGAGAUGUCAUAAUAAACACUGUCGGUGUUGUUCCAAACUGGAACACAUCUACUUUUGGUAAAGAACUAAACUCUGGCACAUCACGCACAAAGCUUUCUGACAUCCAGUCUGAUGUGCCACAUCCAGUCUGCAACCCUAGCAAACCAUAUUUGGAAUCAAUCCCUGGAGGCUUGAGACCUGGUGUGGCUUUGUUCUUCCAAGGGGUUGUUACUUCAGAUUGUGAACGCUUUGAUAUAAAUUUGCAGACUGGGCCAAAUCAACUUGAUGACAUCGCUCUCCACUUCAACCCCCAUUUGUACUCUAACUCUGUGGUCCGUAACAGCCGCAGGGAUGGGAUAUGGGAGAUUCAAGAAGUGACACCAGGAGGCCCAUUUGUCAAAGGAGGAGCCUUUGAUAUCAUCAUGGUUGUUAAACCAGAAGGAUAUGAGGUGAUAGUGAAUGGCCUGGAAUACUGUACGUACAAUCACCGUAUACCAGUGGACAAAGUGACUACACUUGGCAUUAAGGGAGACGUCUUCAUGAACACCGUCAGCAUUAUUGAAGUGGAUGAUGUUAAUCUGAAAGUCACUAUUCCUGCCAAUAUUUGAGAAUUUGAAUCUUCCCCAAAAGCACUGGAAAUUUAAGAGGGUUUUGUUGUUGUUUUUAUAUUCUGCUCAAGUAUAUCCGAAUUCAAAAGUCAGCAGUUCGAGGACAUGAUUUGUGCUUUUAUUAUUCAGUCAUUUUUUUUCUUGUGUAUUAAUGAAAUUUGUGUUGCUUAUUAUUGUUAGAAAUGAAUGCUAUAUAUUCUUUACUGCAGUUGUAUUGUACCUUAAUACAGUAAAUGAAGCAGGUUUUGCAUUAUUCUAUAUAUAGACACAGAUGAAGCAGAAAUUAGAGCAGGUCGUGAUUAAAAUAAGUAAAUGUAGGUAUUCUGUUUCAGUGGAUGAGCUGUGUACUCCAUCAAAAGACAUAUCCUUUUUACUUGAUGAACCCAUUUUCCAAUAACAGAGGUUUUAGGUAAAAAUUCAGUGCAAUAGAGGUCUGGUCAUUAGCUAUUGUAACAAAACAAGUGUUCACUAGUUAACAUUUUCCUAUGAUUAUUAUUUUCAUUCUGAUUAAACAUAUCAUCAGUCACAGAAGUCACAAAAGCUUUCUGCACAUACCUUAAUGCUAACACCAAAACCAAGGUUGUAGUUGACACAGUCUCUUAUUGAAGUUGUCAGUUCCACAUUAAAUACUGAUGCAAAUACAAUAUUGCACAGGUAAAGAGUACUCUUUGCUCAUUUUUAAAAACAUGAUCCAUGUGCAGUAUUGUAAAACAUAAAUGAAUUGGCUAAUUAUACCUCUUGCCCAAAUGUGUUUGCUGUUAUUACGAAUCGGGAAACUAUUUACUUACUGAUUAAAUUAUUUGAACAAUGUACUGAUUAUAACCGUUGAAUAAAUAAUAAUAAAACUAAGGUUUGACACAUUGCCUGAACUUUAUUCUCUAUAAAUGCAUAAUCUGUCAUUUUAAACCCAAUGUGUCUUCUCUCUUAAAGGUAUCACAAUAUAUUGCAUAAAAAUGAGACAAAAAAGAGACAGCAAGUGAAGAGUCUUUGGUACAAAUAUCCUUCAUGACUAGAGAUUUCUCGGUCCUCUCAAGCUAACCCUGCUUGUGGUUUCUCUCUCUCUCUCUCUCUCUCUCUCUCUCUCUCUCUCUCUCUCUCUCUCAGUUGGGAUAAAUUCACACCUUUAAUAUCUGUAUACCGUGUUGAUAUUUCUGUAAAGCUGCUUUGAGACAAUGUCUAUUGUAAAAAGCGCUAUACAAAUAAAAUUGAAUUGAAUUG